AAAUGAUCAGCUGAUGCUCACGUGACUGUCACAUGAUUAACGCAUUCACGCCUGACAUUGGUGGUGUUUUCCAGAUCAUCUUACGUGAAUACAAGAAUAAUGCGGCUUGUUUUGUUUCUGAGCUGCAUUUGGCUGGUCUGUGGGGAGCUGCUGGAGCCAGAUCAAGAUGCUUCUGUUCCCGAGGACUGGAUCCUCGUCGAACGGGUCAAACCUUUGGAAGAAUUGGAGCUCACGUUUGCGCUGAAGCAGCAAAAUGUGGAUCAUUUGAAAGAGUUACUGAAACAAGUGUCAGACCCAGAUUCACCGCAAUACGGGAAGUAUUUAAGCUUGGCAGAAGUAGCUGCUCUUGUACAGCCUUCGCAACUGACCGAGAAAGCAGUGCAGAAUUGGCUUCAGAGUCAUGGGGUCAAAAACUGUUACACGGUUGUAACCCGUGACUUUCUUCAGUGUGCCAUGACUGCUCAGGUUGCAGAAGCAUUACUCCCUGGCACAAAAUUUCGCCGCUAUAAUAAAGACGGGCAGUCUUUGUUGAGGUCGACCUCUCUAUACUCCGUUCAUGAAGAUGUGUUUCAGCAUCUAGACUUUGUGGGUGGUGUUCACCGCUUUCCACCACUCGGAAGGGUUGUCGGUAAAGGCUUCAAAGGAACGCAGCAAUCGGCGUUAUGGUAUCACUUGGGCGUUACACCAUCCGUCAUCAGGAGUCGCUACAACCUUACAGCUAAAGAUGUGGGCACUGCUUCAAACAACAGUCAGGCUGUGGCACAGUUCUUGGAGCAGUAUUACCACCCCGCAGACCUGGCUGAGUUUAUGAGUCUGUUUGGUAGAGGAUUCACGCACAUGUCAGCCGUAGAGCGGGUCGUGGGCACUCAGGGUGGCGGGAAGGCCGGCAUUGAAGCUAGCUUGGACGUGGAGUACAUCAUGAGCAGUGGAGCAAACAUUUCCACAUGGGUCUUCACCAAUCCAGGCCGUCAUGAGUCCCAGGAGCCAUUCCUUCAGUGGAUGCUAAUGCUCAGCAACAUGUCUGCUGUGCCUUGGGUCCACACCAUCAGCUAUGGGGAUGAUGAAGACAGCCUUUCUGUUGCUUAUAUGAACCGCAUCAACAUUGAGUUCAUGAAAGUGGGACUCAGAGGGAUCUCUAUGCUCUUCGCCUCUGGUGACAGUGGAGCUGGGUGUAGACAUCUAACCAAAGAAAGAAAUACCUUUAGGCCUAGUUUUCCUGCAUCCAGUCCAUAUGUGACCACAGUGGGCGGGACUUCUUUCCAGAAUCCGUUUAAAGUCACGUAUGAGGUUACUGAUUACAUCAGUGGGGGUGGCUUCAGUAACGUGUUUUCAAUGCCAGAUUAUCAGACUGGUGCGGUUGGAAAAUAUCUGAAGAGUGUUCAGCCUCUACCACCACAGACGUAUUUCAACACUAGUGGCCGAGCCUAUCCAGACCUAGCAGCGCUCUCUGACAAUUACUGGGUUGUUACCAACCGUUUGCCCAUCCCAUGGGUUUCCGGAACUUCAGCUUCAACUCCAGUAGUAGGAGGAAUUCUUUCUCUCAUAAAUGACCAUCGCUUCCUGAAGGGUCUACCUUCUUUAGGAUUUCUCAACCCUCGCCUUUACAAAUUGCAGGGUAAAGGCCUUUAUGAUGUAACCGAGGGAUGUCACCUGAGUUGUAUGGAUGAUAAAGUUGAAGGAAAGGGUUUCUGUGCCUCUCCUUCAUGGGAUCCAGUAACAGGAUGGGGAACACCCAACUACCCUGUUCUUCUCGCAGCUCUGAUGGAUUGAGCCACUGCCUGUUAAAUGAAAUUGCAUAAAUUCCACCAACUUUAAGGAAAACUUUUGGCAGAUUUGUUUUUGUUACUUUGCAGAAGCAUUUAUACUAUAUUAUAUCACUGAGAUUUCAUAAACUGUUGCGAACAGUUGUGAAGUCUUUCACAAAACAACAUUCUUACCAUGUAAAGGGAACCUUUCAUUAGUUCAUCCCACACAGUCCCUCUUCCUGUUAAACAGGACAUAUAACUUUAAUUCUUUGAGAGGAGUUUGAUUGGCUCAGAACAAGUUUUAGUGAUUGUUGGUGCAUACCACGUUCAAGAACAUAAAAGAUAAUAUCACAAAUACUGUCAAAUAUUUAUAAAUCUUAGCUUCAGUGCCCAUAGACUUCCCAUUUGUCAAAGGACUAAACAGAUCAAUUAAACUCUGAAGUGCAAUAUUUUCUAAUUUUAGCUUUAAAAUCCAUGAUAACAGAUGCCUUCAUCAUAAACUUGAGUUUAAACGUUGAAGCUUGUAAUAAAGUCAGACAAAUUAUUGAAUAUGAGAGCUGCCUAAACCAAUUUGUACUCUUUAUUGGGUUUCUUUGUAAAGAGAUCCUCAGGGAUUUAAUGUUGAAUGGAAUGUGCUAUAGAUAGAUAACUAGAUGGUUGGUGUGACAAAAUGUUUUCUACUGAAGUGCACUGAAUGUUGAUUUUGUUAAAAGAUGCAUUGUCUCAAGGAUUCUCUCGAAAAGGUACAUGAAUGUUUUUAAGAUCAAUGAUGUUUCUUUUCUAUGAAGGAAGAAAUAAAGUUUUAUUUUAAA